AUGUCAGAUGAUACCCAAGAUUUGCUAUCAAGCCUAUCGCUUGAGGAAAAGCUCAGGUUGAUUGCGGGCGAGUCACAAUGGCGAACAGCUAGUAUCGAGCGCCUAGGGAUUCCUUCUUUAAAGAUGUCAGAUGGACCCUCUGGAGCACGAGGAGAGAUUUUCGGCGAGGGUGUUCCAGCCGCUUUUCUUCCCUCGGGUGUGAGUUUGGGAGCGACUUGGGACCGGGAGAUCUUAUUUGAGAUUGCACAGUUGUUAGGAGAUGAGUGCAAAUCCAAGUCCGCAUCGGUUUUGCUUGCUCCUACGAUCUGUAUUCAUCGGCAUCCACUCGGUGGCCGCAAUUUUGAAUCGUUUAGUGAAGAUCCAUAUCUCACUGGAAAAUUGGCAACAGCCUACGUCCGAGGCCUUCAGUCUCGUGGUGUAGGAGCCACACCAAAGCAUUUCGUCGGCAAGUCCAAUGACCAAGAGACUAAAAGAUUCAAGUACAAUGCUCACAUUGCGCCCCGUGCCUUGCGUGAAGUCUAUCUGUUGCCAUUCCAGAUGGUUGUUCGUGAUGCAGACCCAUGGUGUAUGAUGACAGCGUAUAACAAGGUGAACGGUCAUUACUGUGACGCAUCCAAGGAGCUACUCACUGAUAUAGCUCGGGGUGAAUGGGGUUGGGAUGGUGUUUUCACAAGUGAUUGGGGCGGUACUACCUCUACGAUCGCGUCUAUCAACAACGGCCUCGAUCUGGAGAUGCCCGGACCACCUACCAAGCGCUCCAGGGCCGCUCUCCAGCAGCCCCUUCGGGACGGUUUGAUUGACCUGAAUCGAGUAGAUGAGUCUGCAGGACGUAUACUGCGGCUUCUAAAAAAGGCAGGCCGGUUUCUGGAUCCUAGGGAUGACCCGGAGCUGUGCGAAGACACGCCUGAGAAAAGAGACCUGCUUUGUCGGGCGGCCAGUUCCGAGAUCGUGAUGCUAAAGAAUGAGGCAAACGCCCUACCACUAAAGCCAUCCGAAGACCUAAAAAAAAUUGCCAUCCUCGGGCCUAACGCGCAAAGGGUAGUUGCCGGUGGUGGUGGAAGUUCCUACAUCAAAGCCCCCUACUGGACUUCUGUUCAUGACUCAAUUAAGGACGCGUUUUCUCACACAACCGCAGAGAUUGUCUCUGCAACUGGGGCUAAAGUCAAUCGCUACCUUCCAGUCUGUGUGGUUGUGCAGAACCCCGAUACUGGGAAAGCUGGAGCCGCCAUUGACUGGUUUAAUGGCCAAGACUUUGCGAAUGCUCCUGUCGCAAAGACACACACUGAUGAUCUGUAUUAUAUGUCUUUUGGCACCGUCCCACCCGAACUCAACAGUGCGGCUGCCAACUGGUCGUUCCGCAUCCGCGCUACAUUGCGACCUCGGACGUCUGGGCGUCACGCAAUCUCCUUAGCUUCAAUCGGGCCUGCGGAACUCUACCUCGAUGGAGUCCGCAUAGCUGAACAAUCGGGGGCCUAUGAAGAGAAAGGUAGUCUAUUUUUCACCUACGGCAGCGAGGAGAAGGUGGUUCCCAUUGAUAUGAUUGCGGGACAGAAUUAUGAUAUCCGCAUCGAUUAUCGAUCACACGACCGCCAAAUUGAACCCGAGCUGUGCACUCUGCUGGAUCCGAUGGAAGAUCAAUUCCAAGGAAUCCGACUCGGCUUUGAGGAGUGCGAUACAAUGGACCGACCUGCUGAGGCAGCACAGCUGGCAUCAGAGUGCGACGCCGCAAUCAUCAUGGUUGGACGUGACAAGGAGUGGGAGACUGAAGGCCAGGACAUCUUGGCGUUUGAGUUGCCCGGCGAACAGGUGCGGUUGAUCCGUGAAGUGGCCGCCGUUUGCAAGCGCACGAUCGUGUGUGUGCAGGCCGGAACUCCCGUCAAAAUGGACGAUUGGAUGGACGAUGUGCAGGGAGUCCUGUAUACGUGGUACCAAGGGCAGGAACUAGGCAACGCCGCAGCUUCUGUGUUGUGUGGCCGAGUCAAUCCUUCCGGCCGGCUGCCAGUGACGUUUCCACGACGACUGGAGGAUUGUCCUGCGUUCUCAUCGUUUCCCGGAGAGGAAAAUGAAACCUACUACUCCGAGGGAUUGUUUGUCGGUCACCGGUGGUGGGAUCUUCUAUCCAUUGACCCAUUAUUCCCUCUUGGGUUCGGUCUUUCGUACAACGAUUUUGAGGUUGCGCCGGGUUCUAUUAGCACAAAUUGCCUCGUGGAAGGUCCUACCAUAACGCUGACUGCCCAUCUUAGAAACAAUGGAGGUAGCGAUAUACCUGGUCGGGAGACAGUUAUCGCGUGGUUCUCUCAAUGCUCGCCUAGGCGGUUGACGAGGCCGAAGAAACAGAUCUGCGGAUUCGCCAAGUCACGUCCAUUGUUGCCGAAUCAAAAGGAAGAGGUUGAGAUUGAGAUUGAUUUCCAUGCAUUUGGCAUGUAUGAUACGAAGCAGGGAGUGUGGGUUGUUGAUGCAGAAGCCGAAUUCGAGGUUCUCAUAGGAACAACAGCAUUGAAUGCGGUACCUGCUUGGAAACUAAAGGCUACUCAGGAGAUCAGGUGGAUUCGAUAG